AUGAUUGGUGGAAGAGGGGAAAGUUCAGGCAGAAGUACAUCAGAACAAGGACCAAGCGGUUUUAAGGCGAAAAGUCGUGGAUUUCCGGCCUCUGGUCAUUCCCGAAAAGUUAAAGAAAAAUCGAGCAAGGAAAUCUCAGACUUGAUUCCUCGACCAGGCCAUGGAAAAAUUGGUGUGCCUAUUAACCUAAAGGCCAAUUUCAAAAUCUUGAAUAUACCCGCUUCAUUGCAAUUAUAUUGUUAUCAUAUAAAUGUUUGGAAAACUAUAGGACAAGAUCAACGGUCGAUAAAAGACAGAGAAGUUUGUAGCAAAAUAUUUUGGGACGUGGUUACAAAAAAUAAAGAAGUAUUCGGCAACGGGUACUCUUUGGUAUAUGAUGAUUCCCAUGUAUUAUUUUCUGGUAACAGAUUAAACAUUAACAGUGAAGCAGUGGAGUUGAAGUUAAUAGCAAAAUCAAAGUCAGUGCCAAUAUCCUUCACACUUGAAGUAGUGCAGACAAACUGUUUCACUCUUACUGCUGACGAGCGCUCACCGAACUUCCGAAUGAGCAUGCAAUUUUUAGAUUGCUUGGUCACCCAACGAGUGCGUUGUCCGUACAUGAAUAUUGCAUCGAGUUUUCAUUCAUUCCAACAGUACAUGUUUCUAAAGCCUUAUGAAGGCAUACCAUGGAAUAUUUUGGAUGUAGGUCCAGGAAUGGAAGCAUGGACUGGGCUGUAUGGCGCUGUCAAACGUUGUGAGAAAGGAUUGCUACUCAAUGUCGAUGGUGGGAAAUUAUUGUCUACAAAAGUAUUUUACAAAGUUGAUAUGCCGCUGAUUGAUUUUUAUCUAGCAGUUUUAAAUGAAUUUUCUGGCCGUAGAGAUUCAUACAAAGUUAGUUCUAUUGGGGGAACAUUCGCAAUGUCUGCUCAUCAAAGGCAGCAAUUAAAGAAUGCAUUAAUGGGAUUAACUUUGAAAUUAACAUAUGAUGACCGACAUGUCAAAUUUCUAGACGUCGGACAGCCUGCGCGAAUACAGCGAUUUGAGUUGAAACGGGGUGAAGAGUCUUUGGGACAAGUUACAGUUGAGGAUUAUUUUAGGCGAUAUAAAAAUAUAAUCUUGAACUUUCCGAAUCUGCCAGUAUUAUAUUGCGGCAAAGUAACGAUGAAGAAUUGCUUUCCAAUGGAGCUUUUGCGAUUGUCUGAUAAAGUGCAACGUGUUAAAAGACGUUUAACUCCGUUUCAAAUCGCUAAAUUGAUCAAGGGAACGGCAGUGAGCCCUCUUGAAAGGUUCAAGAAAAUUGAUUGGAUUCUCAAAGGAAUGAGAAUGUCUUCCGAAGAUGAAUUCAUUCAGCAGUUUGGUAUUGUUUUCCCUACAAACAGCGCUGGAUAUCAGGAAUCGAUCCUGAUUCCUGGUCGUGUUUUGCCAUCUCCUGUUCUAAAAUUUAGAUUUACAGAACCUGCAGCAAUUAAUGCUGAAAAAUUACAGCAAAGGGAACUGCAAGCGAAAAAUGGAAGUUGGCCUUUACAAGGGGAAUUUUUAGAAACUGCUGCAGGUAUUCAUGUAGCUGUUGUUAUUGUCAAUCAAGCUGUCACUUAUAAUACUUUCAAAGAUCCUUUCAAAACUUUACUUCUUACCUGCAAGCGCUUUGGCAUGCAGUUUGCAAGAAAAGAUUUGGGACCAGACAACGUAGAUGUUUAUUGCUGGAAUACUAAACAAGAGGAAGUUGACGAAUAUAUUCAAAAGUUUAAAAGCCUCUGUUUUAAAUUAAAAAAUAUUGUGCUAAAGCCGCUGGUUAUUUUUAUUGUCCCAGAAAAAGAGGACGACACAUAUGGACGAAUAAAAGUGGCAUGUGACAAAGAAGAAGGAAUUGCGUGCCAAGUGAUUCUCGCUAAGACCUUUUUGAAAAUGGGAGGAGAUUCGGGGAGGAAUUCAGUAGCUCACAAUAUUUGUCUGAAAAUAAACGUUAAAUUGGGAGGGAUCAAUAACGAGAUUUCGAAGAACCAGGAAUACUGGAAAAAAUUCAGUGAUGCAAAAGAAUCAACAUUGUUUAUUGGAAUUGAUGUAACACAUCCAUUAUAUGACGAGCAUUCUUUUCCCUCAGUUGCUGCUAUCGUUGGGUCAUUGAAUGUAGACGCAACAAGAUAUGCGGCAACUAUAAAAAUUCAACAUUCAAAACAAGAAGUGGGACUUUAUAUAGUAGAUGCAUUGCAAGCACGUAUCAUAGAUUUUAACGUACAAACAGGUUCUAAACCGGAGCAUAUUGUAAUAUUUCGCGAUGGUGUUUCUGAUUCCCAAUUUUUUGAUGUUUCGAAUGAAGAAUUAUUUUGUCUAAAAGCAGCUAUAAAUCAACUGGAUAAAAUGUAUAAUCCAACUGUAUCCUAUGUUGUAAUACAAAAGCGUCAUCAUACCCGUUUAAUUGAAGCGAUAGUUGAUGCAGCACCCAGAACCGAUAGAAAUAUACCACCAGGGACAGUUGUGGACUCAACUAUAACGAGCCCAUCGCAUUUUGAUUUUUAUCUUUGUUCACAUCAAGGAGCUAUUGGAACAUCAAGGCCUUCACACUACAUUGUGCUGUAUGAUUCAUGGCUACUGUCGGCCGACGAAUGGCAACAAAUGAUUUAUGCACUUUGCCAUGUGUACGCUCGUUGCAACAAGUCAGUGUCAAUACCAGCUCCCGUUUAUUAUGCCCAUUUGGCGUGUGAUCGAGCCAGACGUAUACUAAAAUACGCACGAAUAGAUGUAAGUCAAAAAGCUGGUGUCAGUUCUGUGGAAAAAUCGUUUAUGAUUAAUGAAGAUACUCCAAAAAUGUAUUUUGUUUAG